UUACGACAAAUCAACUCACUUUCUGGCAGUGUGCGAAAGUGACCUUACAUGUAAAAACAUCCAGUUGUUUUGUUGUUAGACAAUUACGAUUUAAAUAUAGUAAUGCGAGCAUUAGAGAGGUAAAGAAAAUCAUAGUCAAAAGAUGGCCAGUACUAUGAUAGCGGUUGGCCUCACAAUAGCAGCGGCAGGAUUUGCAGGCCGGUAUGCUGUUCAGGCAAUGAAACACAUGGAGCCCCAAGUGAAACAAGCACUGCAGAGUCUGCCAAAAUCUGCCUUUAGUAGAUACUACAGAGGUGGAUUUGAACCGAAAAUGUCCAAGAGAGAGGCAUGCCUAAUUUUGGGAGUAAGUCCCACUGCUAAUAAAAGUAAGAUCAGAGAAGCUCAUAGAAAGAUAAUGGUGCUCAACCAUCCAGACCGAGGUGGAUCCCCUUAUCUUGCAGCUAAAAUUAAUGAAGCUAAAGAUUUACUGGACAAUCAAGCCAAGAAAUAGACGUGUAACUUAAUUUGAUAUUGUACAUAGAAUGGCAGGGAUGAAUGUGUUUUUUGAUUAUUACUAAAAUUGAAUAAAGAUUAUACAGGUUUGUUUAAUUGCCUUUGAGAAAACCAUGUCACUUCUAGACACUGCAUUAAAGGUAUACUUGAA